AUGGGUCUGCAGCAGAAGCACCUCCCAAAGGCCCCGCUGCGUCCGACCCAGGAGGCCCCUCAAGCCCAGCAGUCUGUGCCCACCGGCGGACCCAGCGGGGCCUCGAGGAGCCCACCGGGCCAGAUCCUCAGCCAAGCCAGGGAGGGGGCAGAGCUGGUGUCCCGCUCUCCCCCCCACUCCCCCAGUGAUGCCCCCACAGCCCUUGUGCGGGCCUGCAAAGGAGGAGUCCGCCUGGCUCCUUCCGCCUCCUGCCUCCUCCCCACGGCACCUGGGCGGGAGCAGGAACCCCGCGGGAGCCUGCUGAGAGGAGCCCCCAGGAUGCCUCUCUUUGGAUUACAGGUCGGCAAGAAGAGGGGGCCAGGGAAGUUUCCACUCAUGCAGCUGUGCAGUGAGUCUUCACUCCUGGAAGCCGCGGAGGCGCUUUCCGUGGGAGAGAAGCCCAGAGAGCAAGAAAGGCAGCUGCGCUCAAACAACCGGAUCUUCAACCUGCAGUUUGAAUAUGCUAAAAACUCCAUCAAAACCGCCAAGUACAAUGUGUUCACCUUCCUGCCUCUCAACCUCUUCGAGCAGUUCCAGAGGAUCGCCAAUGCCUACUUCCUGUCCCUGCUCAUUUUGCAGCUCAUCCCUCAGAUUUCCUCCCUGUCCUGGUUCACCACGGUGGUCCCCCUAGUCUUGGUGCUGGCGGUGUCUGCGGCGAAGGACGCCAUUGACGAUUUUAAUCGGCACAAAAGUGACAAGCAAGUCAACAACCGCCCCGUCCAGGUGCUGCUCAACGGCAGGCUGGAGGCUGAGCGCUGGCGGAACGUGGAGGUGGGGGACAUCAUCAGGCUGGAGAACAAUGACUUCGUGACGGCCGACUUGCUCUUGCUGUCCAGCAGCGAGCCCCACAGCCUGACCUACAUUGAGACGGUUGAGCUGGACGGGGAAACGAACCUGAAGGUGAAGCAGGCCCUGAGCGUCACGGCAGAGGUGGGCGAGGAUCUGCAGAGGCUGAGCAGCUUCAACGGGGAAGUACGAUGCGAAGCCCCCAAUAACAAGCUGGACAAGUUUGUGGGGACCCUGACGAUCAAGGGGGAGAAAUUUGCCCUGGACAACGAGAAGAUGCUGCUGAGGGGCUGCACCAUCCGCAACACCGACUGGUGCUUUGGGCUCGUCAUCUUUGCAGGGCCAGACACCAAGUUAAUGCAGAACAGCGGCCGAACCACUUUCAAGAGGACCAGCAUCGACCGCCUCAUGAACACCUUGGUGCUGGUGAUCUUUGCCUUUCUGGCCGCCAUGUGUCUGAUCCUGGCUUUCGGCAACAGCAUCUGGGAGUACAAGAAGGGCUACUACUUCCAAGUGUACUUGCCGUGGGCAGAGGACGUCCACUCCGCGCCUGUCUCCGGCUUCCUCAUGUUCUGGUCCUACGUCAUCAUCCUCAACACGGUGGUGCCCAUCUCGCUCUACGUCAGUGUAGAGAUCAUCCGCCUGGGAAAUAGCUUCUACAUUGAGUGGGACCGCAAGAUGUAUUACCCGCUGAAGGACACCCCCGCCCAGGCCCGUACCACCACCCUCAACGAGGAGCUGGGGCAGAUCAAGUACGUCUUUUCGGACAAAACCGGCACCCUCACGCAGAACAUCAUGGUCUUCAACAAGUGCUCCAUCGACGGGAAGUCCUACGGGGAUGUCUACGAUGUGGAGGGACACCGGGUGGAGGUCACAGAGUCUACCCCAAAAGUUGAUUUCUCCUACAACCCGCUGACUGACAGCAAGUUUUCAUUCUACGAUUCAAGCCUGGUUGAAUCUGUGAAGAGGGGUGACGCCCCCACCCACAAGUUCUUCCGGUUGCUCUGCCUCUGCCACACGGUGAUGCCGGAGGAGAAGGAGCAAGGCAACCUGGUGUACCAGGCCCAGUCUCCCGAUGAAGGGGCCCUAGUGACGGCUGCCCGCAGCUUCGGGUUUGUCUUCCGGGCCCGCACCCCUGAGACCAUCACUGUGGUGGAAAUGGGCGAAACGGUGGUCUACGAGCUGCUCGCCAUUUUGGAUUUCGACAACGUGCGCAAGAGGAUGUCUGUCAUUGUGCGGAGCCCAAAGGGGGAGCUGACCCUGUUCUGUAAGGGGGCCGACACCAUCUUGUACGAGCAUCUGCACCCCUCCUGUGGAGCCCUCAAGGAGAAGACCACCCAGCACCUGGAGGAGUUUGCCGGGGAAGGCCUGCGGACGCUGGUCGUGGCCUACAAAGACUUGGACGAGGCCUACCUUGAGGGCUGGCUGCAGCGGCACCACGAGGCAAACACCGCCUUGGUGGAGCGAGAGGAGAAGCUGGCCCAGCUGUAUGAAGAGAUCGAGGCCGACCUGAUGUUGCUGGGGGCCACGGCCAUCGAGGACAAGCUGCAAGACGGGGUCCCCCAGACCAUCGAGACCCUCGCCAAAGCUCAGGUCAAGAUCUGGGUGCUGACUGGGGACAAGCAAGAGACAGCCGUCAAUAUCGGCUACUCCUGCAACAUGCUGUAUGAUGCCAUGGAAGACAUCUUCUUCAUCCAGGGCCACAGCUCCCAAGAAGUGCAGCAGGAACUCAGAAAAGCCAGGAAGAAAAUGAAGCCCGACACCUUUGUGGACGACGACGGCUCUGAAACCCAGAUCUGCACACCUGGGAAGUCCCAGAUCUUGCCCGAGGAGCAGCCCAACGGGGAGUACGGCCUAGUGAUCAAUGGCCACAGCUUGGCUUAUGCGCUGGAGGGGAAUCUGCAGCUGGAGCUGGUGAGGACGGCUUGCCUCUGCAAGGCGGUCAUCUGCUGCCGCGUGACGCCCCUCCAGAAGGCCCAGGUGGUGGAGCUGGUGAAGAAGCACAAGAAGGCCGUGACGCUGGCCAUCGGGGACGGGGCCAACGACGUCAGCAUGAUCAGGGCUGCCCACAUUGGCGUGGGCAUCAGUGGCCAGGAAGGGAUGCAGGCGGUGCUGUCCAGUGACUUCGCCUUUGCCCAGUUCCGCUACCUGCAGCGGCUGCUCUUGGUCCAUGGCCGGUGGUCCUACAUCCGGAUGUGCAAAUUCCUGGCCUACUUCUUCUACAAGAACUUUGCCUUCACCCUGGUCCACUUCUGGUACGGGUUCUUCUCCGGGUUCUCUGCACAGACGGUCUAUGACGAAUGGUUCAUCACCCUGUACAACCUGGUCUACACCGCUUUGCCUGUGCUGGGAAUGAGCCUCUUUGACCAGGACGUGGACGACCGCUGGAGCCUGCAGUUCCCCCAGCUGUACACGCCCGGCCAGCAGAACCUCUACUUCAACAAGCGGGAGUUCGGCAAGUGCGUGCUGUACAGCAUCUACAGCUCCCUGGUGCUUUUCUUCGUGCCCUACGGGACCGUGGUCAACUCUGUGCGGAGCGACGGGAAGGCCGUGGCCGACUACCAGUCCUUUGCGCUCAUGGCUCAGACCUGCCUGCUCAUUGUGGUCUCCGUCCAGAUGGGGCUGGACACGGCCUACUGGACCGCCGUCAACCAGCUCUUCAUCUGGGGCAGCCUGGCCGUGUACUUUGCCAUCACCUUCACCAUGUACAGCGACGGCAGCUACCUGGUCUUCACCGCCUCCUUCCCGUUCAUCGGCACUGCUCGGAACACCCUGAACCAGCCCAACGUCUGGCUGGCCAUCUUCCUCUGUGUCACCCUGUGCGUCCUCCCCGUGGUCGGCUUCCGGUUCGUGAAGAUGCAGCUCAGGCCGACCAUCAGCGACAAGGUCUUGUCCAGGGUCCGGGAGCUGCAGAAGAGGCCGCCAGUGCCUUUGCCCCAGAGACGUCUGCAGCGCUCCAUCUCCCGGCGCUCCGGCUACGCCUUCUCCCACCAGCACGGCUUUGGGGCGCUCAUCACCUCCGGGCGGAACAUGCGCCCCAAGUCCCCCUUUGGGAUGAUGGGCUCCUUCUCACCCAACAGUGAGAAGCACAAGGCCUAG